GGGUGUGUGUGCGUGUUGUAUGUGCAUAUACACCAACAAUAGUCGCAGUGGGGAAGAAUCGGCUCGGUGGCAGCAGUAUAAAGCAGAUAGAAAGUUCUUUGCUCGCCUGUUUGGAUUAGCAGAGGUUUGUCAGUCGUCGGUGGUGUUUGGUGUCCGAAGUGAACAGAAGAGAAGAAAAAUAUAUACGCUGAGAACGAGCGAGAAGAGGAGACACAUAGAUAGACACACAGAUUUGAAGAGCAAUAGAGCGUGCAAGUGGAUUUUAUCUUCGUAGCAAAAGGAGGAACUGCAAACAACAUGAGGUCGUCCCAUCUAUUUGUCUUUACCAUUCAGUUGCUGCUGCUGCUGGUGGCUCUGUCCUCGGGAUAUCCGCAAAAUUUGCAAAAUGCUGCACCUUCAUCAUCAUCAUUGUUAGUGGAUGAUCAGCAGGCGGCGGCUGCCGAAGGAGAAAGAGACGAAUACGUCGAAGCGCUCGAGCAGGAGGAAUCACGAAACGGGGAGCAAUUCGAAGGAAGCGAAUCUUUCUACCCAUCGUUCGCGCCUUUGCACAAUCCACCUUUGGGUCAUUCCAGACCGUUCUAUCAGCAGGAGAGGGCGUACAGUCAUAGACCGACUGGAUACCAGCAGCAGCAACAGCUCGGGUUUGAUAGCGGCGCCCGUUUCAGCGGCUACAAAAGCGACACGUCUUCAGCGGAUUCCAACAGUCAAGGCCUUCUGGGUUCCGGGAACUUUGGUGUGAUCAGAGGUGGCACGUUCUUCGGCGACAGCGACGGUGAUGCUUCCGGUUACGAGCAGUACGGAUCUUACUACCAGAACGGACACGGAAGACCCUCGUUCUACUUCCCGAGCAACAACCCGAAACCGAGGCAGUUCCAGCAGUUCGAGAACUUCAGGGAUUUCGCGGACAUCAACGUUCCAUCCUCGUACUCGCAUUACGUCGUAGUUUACGCUAAUAAGAACAGCACGACGCAGGAGGAAGCAAUCAGAAGGCCGAAGAACAUCAUCGAGCAUCUGCAGCUCUUGGACGCAGCGGAACAGAAGAAACUCUCCAAAUCCAAGAGGAAACUUUCCUUGACUUCCUCCACGGAUAAGAAGAGGCCGCGAUGGAACAAACCUUCACCGCGGGAUCUCCGCGAACCUCUUCUCGCCCUCAGCUGAAGACAUCAUCAACUUAGCUAUUAUUAACACCAACAUUUUUUCCCCAAAACCUUUAAUUAUCCUUUCUUAUUGUAUUUUAUUAUUUCUUUCGUUUCAACUUCGCAGGACCGUACCUGACUGUUUACUUUAAUUUCUAUUUUUAUUUCAUCCAUUUAUUAUUUUUCCUUUUUUUCCCUGAUCGAGUGCGAAUGCGUGUGAUAUAUAUUACUAAAUGAAUGCCCUCUAGUUAUUAAGUAGUUUGUUUGUUUUUGUUUAAGUGGAGCAACAGAGCCAUCAAAACGUAAUUUAAUUAGUUAUCUUUUAAGGAGACGAAUACAAAUAAGAAUGUAAGAGAAAAUGAAAAAAAAACACAAAUCAACUAUGUAUAUAUAUAUAUAAUUAUUA